AUGCUAAGUUUAAACAUCUCGACUUCUUUGGAUAGUGAUAAUGUUGAUAGUGAUAGUGAUGAGAAUGUUGAUGAUAAUACCUCUGUAUCUGUACAAAGACCACUUCUGUGCACCGUUAAAGUGAAUAAAGAAGCCCGAGUUGCCUGUAAAUCGUACCUUGAGUAUAAAAGGUUAGCUGAAAAAUGGACAGCGUGCGUUAAGAAGCCUGAAAAGAAUAUUGAAAUCACUGUUGCAGUACUGUGUAGCUCCUAA